UCAAAAACACUUCGAUUGGAUCUCUGAAACGGGAAUGGGAGUAUCAGAUACAUUGAAUUACGUUCUGUUUUCUAAUCCCGUCAGCUCGAGUGCCGGUUCGUUUGCGAAAACUGCUGCAUCACCUUCCCACCAGUGCCGAACAGCUGCAGAGUGGGGAUGACAUGGAGAUGAGGGGAAGGUGAUAGUGACCGCCGCGCUGUCUCGUGCCGCCUGAGAGAACUUGUCCCCUGUUUUUGGCUUGACAAUACCUGCUUGUAUCAUACCUUAGAUAAGGGCUCUGGUGGGAGAGACUGAGGGAGGAGUUGAUAACCUUGAGGUGUAAUUUGUACAUCAUAACCUAAAAGUGACGGACGAUUGUUUAUCGGAAAACGAGAACAUUGAAAAACAAGUCGAGGCCUGAGGGGAAUUUGCAGAAGCGAUGGGUGGAAUUUUAAACAGUAUUUGGUCGUUUUUCGCAUACUGGUACUUCAGGUACACAAUUGUGACUGAGUUGUACAUGGUUGCCAAGUGGGAGAGGUAUUUUAUGAACAUCUUCUUCCUCGCCAUGUUUGGACUUCUCUUCAUAUUCAACUACAACAUAUUGUUACCUACUACCACAAGUUUAUUUAUUCGCCAGUAAUAAUUACAAUUGUUAACAUGGAUUACUCAAACUACCUGUGCAGACGGGCAGAGCUUGCGACAGAAUAAACCUACAUUAUUUACAUAUUCAUAACUAUAUUGCUUGAAUGAUAAAACUGUGACAAUUGAUUUAUUAUUUUUCAUCAAUUUUUAUAUCGAAAAAUCAGGCUAAAUACAGAUAUUUUGGCAAUAAUCAA